AUAUGCAAAAAUCCGUACUUAAGCGACUACUUUUCCACUCCAAUAAAUCAUUCGUAUUUCGGCAAAGCUGUAAAUUUUGGCAAAUUCGCAACCAUUCUUUAUACGGCAACCAUGUCUCGAGUAAUGCAGGCGGAGCCGAGGGGUCUCCAGUGGGUGGCCAUGUCGCGAGGAUCCUUCCCAAAAUUCGCCGUGGAAGCGGGAAUCGAUUCUGGGAAGAAAUUGUACGUCGCCAGAGCCUCCCACGCAGGGGGUGUGGUUCCUGGAAAACUGCACGUGGGUCAUUCAUCCGCAUACAUUGCGUAUGACGGGAAGGAAAUCAGCAUGCCGAAUUAUGAGGUCUUGAUCGGACCCACGGCCAGUUUGAGCUGGGUAGAAUCCAGCAAUGGGCAGGUUCCGCAGCACGCCGUGAUCGGAGAUUUUACCUCGCUUGGAUUCGAAAGGAAUGAAGGUAGCCCAGAAAAUCCACCUUUCCCGUUCAUUGUUAUAAAUUUUAGUGCAAAUUUUUUCCAAUUAAAGGCUAACUCCAACUGAAUCCCUGAAAUUUUACGACUCAACUUUUUGUACGGUACGAAAUUGACCGUUGCCCUAAUACAAACAGGAUACAAAUAUUUAAUUUUUAACGAAGUCCUCAAUCUGAGCAAAAGUUUACAGAAGUAAGCAGUUCAUGAUAAGUGCAAACGGCCGUUGUGACCGAUAUAACCCGGUGAGUAAUGAAUGAAUUAUGUGAAUGAACUUUAUCAAUGUUUGCACAAGUUUUAUCUUAAAACUGAAUGAUUGUAUUCACAUAUAAAUGACUUACUGAUUGAGUGCCUUACUUACCCGAUUUACUACGUAAUGCUUAAGUACGUAAAUAUUUUGCUUGUAAAUAUGUAAAUAUUCUAUUUUUUAACCCAUUUUGUGCAACCAGGUUUCUUUCAUGUGUGAAUAUGUAAAUAUAUAAAUGGCCUAGUUUAAUUCGAAUGACGCAUCUUAAAAUUGUUAAUAAUGUAUUUGCAUGUGUUAAAAGUUUUUAUUGUAAUUCAUAGACCACUCUGAUAAUAGGUUAUGUACGUAAAUGUACAUAUGUCGCUUAGGAAACAUUUCGUUUAGGAAACAUGAUAUGUAAUUAAUUACUAAUCCUAAGUAAUUACGUCAAUCGUGUAAUUAAUUACAAUAAGUACUUAAUUACUGAAUUACAAAUUAAUUAAAUUUAUAUAUAUAUAAUCAUGAAGGAAAAUUUACUAAAGAACUGUAAUUAAAGAUUACGAUGUUAAUUAAUAUAUACGCAUUCCAACAACUCAAAACAGAAAAUGAAUAAUAAUAACUAGGAGCGUAAUUAACGACAAAA